AGCUGAAUCGAGAAGGUUCCUGCGUUCCCCUUCGCCCCUCAAAUAGCCAACGUCAGUGAAGUACUUUCAUCAUGCGACAACCAGAAGAAGCUUCUUUAAUCACGCAGACGCAACCACGAUCUCCCUCUUUUCUUCAUCUUCUACUUUUCGUUUUCUUUAUUAGCUACGAUCACCAGACGCGGGUACUUCACAUCUCUGAAAAUGCUCCCUCUUUUGUCCCCUGCUUGGCUCUUUCCGACCGCCGUUCUUUUCUUGGGAACAGUCGGGCCUGCUGUGACUUGGCUAGCAAGUCCUUCACUGGUAGAGGCACACUCAUCCACUGGUAGAUUGCCUGAGAUUUCUUUGGCUCAUGUAGUACCCAUCUCUGAUAUUAUCUCUUACUCUUCUUCAGCUUCUUCGACGGGGGACACUCCUCCAAGCAACGGAGGUCAUCCUCCUGUACGUGAUACUAGUCCACUUUCAUCAACAACUACUAGCAGUGCCACUGCCUCAAGCUCAACUAGUACAACUCCUAGUAGUACAACAAGCUCUACUACGUCUACGUCCUCUGCGUCCCACAAAAACGACGUCCAAAGGUCGUAUCUCCCGGACCACAUCCGCGUUAGAACGACGGAGGACUUCCGCAAAACACUAGUAGCUGCCAUGGGUGAAGACGCCAACCCAUUUUUCUUACACAGAACAAUUAUAUCUUUCAGCUGUUUUCAGGUAUUUGCAAACAGCUGA